AUGGCACUAUCGGACGAGAACGCGAAUGCUAGCAGCCUGCAGGCCACCGAGACAAACCAGACAGCCGGCGAGGGAUCUACCAAGGCUACCGGCCGGUCUCCUAACCCUCGACCUGCCACCUUCCUACGCCCCCAAGUACAUCGCCGCGCGGACAUGCGAGAGAAUUCGAAACGCGCUCGACAGGAGCGACGGCAGCAGAGGGCUAGUCGUGCUUCCACAAGCCCUGCGCAAUCACAAGCUGGAUCGGCCGAAUCCGAGCUGCCUCAAGCCUCGAGCGAUGCCUAUAAAUCCUCGGGUCAGAAUAGCGUUUCAACUCAGGCAAACCUAGAACCAUGUCUUUUCCAGACCGACUUGGAAACGUCUCAAUCUCAACUCGAAGUCCUGAUGCUGGAACCGGAUGCGUCUUCCUUACCGCUCGACCCGACUGAUACGUUACCACUAUCAUCCACCUCUCUCUCCCAAGCAACUAGCGAACCCCCACAAGUCCAAGCUGCCUCCGAUAUUCAAUCGUUAUGGUAUCAAUCCCUGCCGCGAUUCAUCAAGCCUCCAACACCCAUCAUAGCACCUGACGAUCUAGUCUUCCUGCGGUCGAAAGGGGCUCUAACAAUUCCUGAUACCGACCAACAAGACGCAUUAAUCCGGGCUUAUCUUGAACACGUGCAUCCACUGCUGCCGCUCAUCAACGUGGAGGACUUUAUCCAAUCCAUUACUGAGGGAAACGACACGCAAUCACAAGCCAGCUUGCUCUUCUUCCAAGCUAUCAUGUUUGCUGGUUCCGCAUACGUCGAGUUGAGUGUCCUCAAGAAGGCAGGCUUCAAGUCACGAAAGGAGGCACUCAAGGCCUUUUAUCAUAGAGCCCGGAUACUCUACGAUUUCGAUAUCGAGUCAGACGGCCUCGCUAUCAUUCCAUCGCUCCUACUCAUGACGUUCUGGUGCGGCGGCGCUGAUGGCAACAAGAAUACGUGGUACUGGAUGGAUAUCGCCGUGUCACAGGUUUUUAGACAUUCCCUGAACGUGGACCCCGAACUUGGCAAAUCUACCAUGCCACCUGGUGUCCUGAAGCUCCGUCGCCGCAUCUGGUGGUCGUGUUUCAUCCGGGAUAGAUUGACCUCGUUUGGCAUGAAACGAACCCCCAGGAUACGGGACGAGUAUUUCAAUGUCCCGAUGCUUGAAAUCUCAGACUUUAGAUCCGAGGACUCGCUUGGUAAGAACAUGGCGCGACUCCAAAGGGUGUGUUCCUACUUUGGCAAUGAAAACAGGCGGACGACUCUGGCAAGGCUCUGUAUUGCGCAGGCCAGCCUUUGCAGAUGCUUGAGAUACACCGGUGCAGCUCCCUUGCCCCAACAGCCUGACGGCUUCACGACGCUAUCCUCGAUAGAUCCCACGCUUCCAUUGGAUGACCGAUCCUUUGCUGCAUGUCAACGGGACCUUUUGGAGUGGUACGACACGCUAUGCCACGGCGACAAGUACCAGCCCAUCUUGGCUGGUGACAUCCACGCCGAUGGAAGUGCCAACAUGGAGUUGAAUCGCGCAGUGCUGCACAUGGUCUACCAUGCUGGAGUUCUUGACCUCCACCGGUCAAGAAUCUACAAUGCAGGAGUAACCCCCUGCGAGAUGGAGCUAUCCAAGACAUUUGUCCAGCACUCGGCCAAGCGCAUUUCGAAAAUAACCAGCAACAUCCAAGAUCUUGGUCUCGAUCGCUUUCUCCCCAUGACGGUGUUGAGCACAACCAUCUCGGCCAUCUCAGUCCACCUGAAGGAGAUCCGAGGCGAGUUUGUAGCGGAUAUCUUGAAUGCCAACGAGAACUACCAGCGCUGCCUCCGAGUCAUUGAAUCCGUCAAGGAGAUAUACUGCGCUGCCGACUUCGCCCAGGUUGCCACCGAGUUCUCCGUCUUGGGCUUAGACCAGAAUGACCGAAGCUCUAAUCCUGUCGCCUCGUGGGACUUCGGCCAGGCUUCGGCAUGGGAUGGCACUCUUGGCGUUUCUCCGGUAGGUGAACAGUUUGUGGUACCUGACUGUAUCGAAAGUGGAGUUGCAAUACCGAACUCGUUGGGCCUGUUACCCUUUGAGCGCUUUCUGGAGGGUUUCGAUAGUGAGAAUGUCGAGUGUGUCUAG